UGUCUCCUACAUGAAACUCCUUGCCAUUAGCCCAAGCUUGGUAAUCAAACCCGACUGUCCACCCGGAUUGAUCUCCAACGAUGAAGUCCUUUGCAGAAGUGAUCAUCGGUCCAAAUGUGGCAACAACCAAAAGUAAAAUAAAUACAUGACUCAAACCCAUAUCGAGUGUCGCUAUAAACUUUAUUUUCUAGCACAACAAUGAGAGCUCCCUCAUCAUGGUCCGAUCUUCCAGUUGAUAUACAAAGCGUGAUAAUGGAGCAUCUAUAUUUCGAUGAUCAAAUCCGUUUUCGAACUGUCUGCAAAAGUUGGCGGUGGAAUACUUAUGCUAUUAAAUCUGCAGAUCAAUUGCCUUGGAUAUUUGCUUACAAGUACAAACAAGAUGACAGUGGCUUUUGUUAUCUCUACAACCCUUCUAACAAAAAGAAGUAUGAGAUUAAAAAGAAGUUACCAUUUGGAUCAAGGUUUCAUGAUUCAAAAUAUGGUUGGAUUCUUAUAUCCAAACCAGAAGAGAAUGUUUCUUUUCACCUUGCUUGUAAUUUACUCUACUUCUAUAAUCCUUUUACUGAUGAAACAAUAAAACUCUCGGUAUUGGAAGAUCCUCACAUUGAACAACAUCCUCUAUACAUUGAUAGUUCUCAGGUAAUAUUCUCAGGCAAUCCAACUUCCAACGAGUGUGUGAUAUUUCUUCAUGUUGCGAAUGGUUGGGGAUUGAUAAGGAAAAUAAUCUACACAUGUAGGCCUGGAGAUACAAGAUGGACUAGUCAUUAUUGUUUAGAAGAUUUUGGACGAGAUAUUCUUAGUUUGGCUUGUGUGGAUGGAGUCCUAUAUUGUGCUACUGUUAGUCGUGACGGUAUAUCUGAAGAUAAAAAUUUUUCUUUAUGUUCCUUUCAAAUUAUAGUAAAAGAGCAGAAAAUCAUUCUUGAUCCAGUUGAUGUUCUCUCUUUUGCAAUUCCCCCAUGGAAAAUGCUCUACCAUUGUAGACUAAUUGAGUCAGAUGGGAAUGUUUUAUUAACGUAUAAUUAUGAAUAUGAUGAAAGUUGUGUUGUUUUUAGGGUUGAUUUUUCAGAGAAGAAGUUGGUUGAAAUUGAAAAUUUGGAGAAGAAAAUGUUGUUUAGAGGUUUGGAAAAAUGGAUAUUAGCUUCGGCGGUGGGGGCUGCAAGUGAAUUAGCCAAUACUGUACAUCGUAAUUGCUUCAUGGAGUUUGACUCUUGUUUUUAUAAGGCACCAGAAACUCACUUGUGUCCACAACCUUACGGCUGGAUCAAGGAAGCAUAUACAUCAGUUUAUCAGAGUAUUUGGAUUCAACCUCCGCUACAUUUUACAAGGUAUCAGAAAAUCACUCCUUCUGUCCACAGCUUUAUGAUCGGAUCUAUCCGAGUUCCAAUAAGGAUUCAACUUCCUCCACAAAGUCAGUGA